CUUUUUUACAUCCUGAUUGGAGAGACGAUUAAAUGCCCCAUAUGGCGCGAUACUGAAUGUCCCGGAUAUUCCCCGCGCCGGAAGAGAAGAAGUAUCUUUUCCAGCCAUCUUGUGGCAGCGUCUAGCGAAUUGUUCGCACCAAGCCUCGUAGAAUCGGAGGUGAAUCCCGCUGAAGGGGCGCCAUCAUGCCCGGACAUCUGCAAGAAGGCUUCGGCUGCGUGGUAACCAAUCGGUUUGACCAGCUAUUGGAUGAUGAAUCAGACCCGUUUGAGGUGUUAAAGGCGGCAGAGAAUAAGAAGAAAGAGGCGGCCGCAGCUGGUAUAACGAAGUCUGCAGCCCAAGCCGCUAAGCAGCCCAAGAAGGAGUCACAGAAGGACCGGAAGAAUCCGCUCCUUGACAAGAAAGAUGAAACUCAGGCACCAGUACCACUGAAGAAAGAAGGUAUCAGGCGGGUUGGCCGGAGGCCGGAUCAGCCGGCCCUGCCCGGCUCCCAGGGCGAGGGGCGUGCCGCCGGUGACCGGAGGCCAGACAACAGGAGACCCCCCCGGGAGCGCCGCUUCGACAAGCCCCUGGAGGACAAGCCUGAGGGAGGAGACAGAGGGGAGUUUGCUGCAGACAAGCCUCUUGGAGAUCGGCCCCCCAGAGGGCGUGGUGGUGCCCGUGGUGGGCGUGGUGGAAGGGGGCGGGGCAUGGGCCGGGCCGACGGUUUCGACUCCCGCGGGAAGCGGGACUUCGACAGACACAGCGGCAGCGACAAACCUCAGAAAUCGGAGGAGAAGCGUGGCGGGAGUGCCCCCCACAAUUGGGGGAACCCCAAAGACGAAGUCAGUGGAGAUGCUGAACAGACCGUUGUCCCUGAAGAGACCCCCGAGGGAGAGGAGCACCCCCCGGCUGACUCUGAGAACAAGGAGAAUGAGGUGGAGGAACCUAAAGAGGAGAGCCCCAAGGAGAUGACUCUGGAUGAAUGGAAGGCCAUGCAGGACAAGGAGCGCGCCAAGGUGGAGUUCAACAUCCGCAAGCCCAACGAGGGUGCAGACAGCAAGUGGAACAAGGGCUACGUGCUGCACAAGUCCAAGAGCGAAGAUGUAAGUGAUGACAAGCCCAAAGACAGACCUGCUGUGAUCGACGCUCCCGAAAUUGAAGCGGACACAACCCCACUCUUCAAGGGCAACCCUGACGAAGUCGGCACGGACCACCACUUCCGCAAGCCUGCCAACGACAUCACAGCCCAGCUGGAGAUCAACUUCGGGGACCUGGGCCGCCCGGGGCGCGGGCGCGGCGGAGCUCGCGGUGGAAGGGGGGGCCGCGGUGCGGGCGGGGGCAGAUCCGACCGGCCGGCUCGCGGAGGUGUUCGAUCCGAAAAGCCGGGCGGAGUGUCCGUUCCUAACGUUGACGAUCCUGAGGCCUUCCCAGCCCUGGCCUAAGAACACCACAGCCCCAGCAUUCGCCCCUCCGGGUCCUCCCUCUACGAGGCUUGCAUGCGUCCAACAUCUUUGAGUAUUAGAGAAAAAAAGAAAAAAGGAAGAGAGAUUUUGACCGGGGGAAAAAAGACUGUCAUCCAUACCGUUCACUCCUGAGAACUGAGAUUUUAACGUUUUAAAGGAUGGAUAAAAAGACACAAAAAAAAAAGGGAAACGGACUUCUCUUGGUACACUGAAGCAAAUUAUUGGUAGAAGUUUUGUAUUUAGAGAUGUGAUAGCAGGGAUGUUUUCAUACAGUAUUGUUUCUUCAGAGAUUAUGCAUACUUCAUGGAUAUUUUUUUGUAUUGCUGCUUGAUUAUGAAUUUCCAAGAUGGGGUGAAAUGUGUGUGGGGGUUACCCCCCCCAGACUUGGCUGGCUUUCAUUGUGACUUUACCUACAUUAUCUUAGACAAGCUUUUAUUUUUGAAAGGGCGACUUAAGUCAUGCAUUUCUCGAAUGUAAGACUUACAAUAGGUGAGUACCUUAUGUACUAAAUCUAAAAUUUACAAAUUGUUACCUGAAGUCUGACUCCUUGCGCUUAAGAGUGUUUUAUUUUUUUUUUGCUUGUUGUGCAGUUAAAAUGAAUUCCUCUGGUCUCCUUUUUUGGUUUCCUAUAUUUUCCUAUUGAUGGCUUUGCUCUUAUUUUUUCAGGUGGACCAGUAGUCCCUGGUCCUGACUUUACUACCUGUCUUCAGGUCAGCCGGGGCCCAAAUGUAUUUAUAGGCUGGUCCUGGUAGGUCAAAAAGGCUACACUAUUAUAGUAACCUAAGGACUACUAUGCGAAUAUGGUAUUUUGUGUGUGUGAUGUGUUCUUGUGAGUGAUUGGGUGGAGAGUGAAUGUGAAUAGUUACUUAUGACUUUAAGUACUCCCCUGCCACGAACUUGACAUCCUUUGGGAACUUGACCAAUGAGUUCAAAAGCAGCUUGGUUUUGCCUGAAGCAGUACAUAGUUGUUUCUAUCUAGGGACUGUGGACAUAUUUUGCACUUAAGUAUUUGAUAAAUAUGUAUUUUAUAGCUUGGAAAGCACAUGGUUCGAUCCUCACCAGUACUAUGAACCGAAAUGUUUUUCCCCCCUCUCUUGUGAUCAUCUUUGUUGUUGUUGUUGUUGUUUUUUUUUUUUGUAAAAUUAUAAUGUUGUCAUUACUUCAGCAGCACUACCACAAUUUGUCUGAAUGAAAUUGGCUGUUCAAUGUGGAGCGAGCGAGUGCUACAGAACGUAUUACUGUUAGCCAUGCUUACAGUCACCUGUGUCUGGCAUUUCUAGGCAAGGUGUUGUCACCUCGACGUAGGUACACUUCUCACAUUGGCGGAGGGGCACAUUUUUGGACUGAUGUUGUAAGUGACCCGAAAGCUUUAUAUUCCAAUGCUCCGGAAAGAUCUACUGGUAAUGAACAGACUUGGGUGACUAGAGCCAACCUUUUGUAGGACAGUUUGAGCCACUUGACAGUAGACUUCGCUGCAAACAUCCCUGCUCUAAUAAAUUGCUUAGAGGUGUUAAAUGUGUUCUGCCUACGGCAGUGAGUUGUGUGAAAUCAUUAUUGUUACUUUAAAAAAAAGAAAAAAUGACCAAAAAAAAAACGACAAUGGACUUUUCUGUAUUAAAACUGUUUGAGGUG